AUGGAAGCAGACAACAUUCGCACUGUCAUUACCUUUUCCAAACCAGGCACUGUGCCACCCGUCUUUGUGGCUGGUACUUUCUCCGAUCCGCCAUGGGAACCCAUUGAGAUGGACCAGAAGGGUCUAGGAGACAAUGGGUAUGAGUUUACGAAAACAAUCCAUGGCAAGCCCGGCACAAAGAUCCAGUACAAGUUCCGUAUUGGAAACGGUGACCAAUGGGUAUGCGACGAGAAUACACCUACGAUAACGGAUGCCGCUGGCAACGAGAACAAUGUGCUAGAGAUGACAGCUCCAGACAAGCAACCUAAGCCACUCUCUAAACCAAGGCAGAGGCGACCAACAUAUGCUCAAGUCGCAGCCAAACAUCUUCAAGAGUCGCCUACCGAGUCUGAUCCAGCACAAUGUUCGGAAACCCAUACGGCAGUCUUCGCCAAAAUCGCGGCGGAGGUGGCCGACUCUGCCGCUCUUCUUCACGAAGAGGUACCCGAUCGCGAAUCUCCAGGCAGCAACAUUCCGAAAGGCGAACCCCUUCAGUCGUCUCGUCGCUUUUCAGAAGCUGCUGCAACAGCGGCAGAGGUGGCUGAUACAGCUGCGGCUCUUGACCAGGAAGAGGAGCAAAAUACAUACUUCCUGGGACCUCCUGCUGGCGAAGGCAGCCGUCUCCGGCUCGAGUUCCGUGAAGAGAGAGACGAUGACUUCAUCUCCCAAACGUCACCCCUUUUCGCCCACGAGUGUGCCGGCCUUCAGGGGGCAGAGGUGGUUGUACCAUCAACGAGCAUGCAGGAAGAUGACGGGCCUCUUGGCAAUGACUACACCGAGGAAUUUGAUCCACACCAGUACAGCAUGCAUGACCCGAAAUCUGGAGGAGUUCCCCUCCGAACGCGAGGAGAUCUUCAAUCAUCACAAGCAGCUCCAUCGUCAAGGAAGCAAGACCAUGAGAGAAGACCAUCUGCCGACCUGACGCCCACUCCUGCUAUUCAUGCCGCAGUUGCCCCUUUGGCACCCGUUCUAGAGGCAGACGAGCCUUCUCCAGGCACUGCACCAGCGGAGGGCCAGCAACAGGGUCCCACAACUGUUUCCCCUCCCAUCGUCUUCUCAAACCCCAACCCCUUGACAAGGGCCAGACCCCCAUCGAUUCAAAUUACCGCUGAAGACGAAGGAGUCGCCCUGUCGGAUGGCAUCAGUCCCCGCACAGUGAAGCCAAUGGCUGGAAUGAGACUCAUAACGCCUCCUGGGUCGGGAGAGGUCUCACCUCCCCGCAAACAAGAGCGUGGGCCUCGUUCGAAGGAGCUGAUACAAGGAGAACUAGGUAAAGCUGACCCUGGCCUUCAAAUUCCAGAAGAGGCGGAACAACACGCUGGAGAGUCCGAAAUGGCCGAGGCUGUACCGGAAGAGACCCCUCUUCUUGCGGGGUCAGGUCACGAGCCGGAGGAGGGGAUGACGCAACAGGAACAGGAACAAAGAGAGGAAGGGGCAGCGUCAUCUCUUACUGAAACGUUGAAUGCCCUUGUGCCGGGACGUCCGGAGGGAGGAUGGAUUAAGGCGUUGUUCAGGCUAUUGUUCGUCGAUCUCAUCGGUGGGCUGCUCAGAGGCUUGUGGAGAGGUGUGAAGAGGUUGAUUUCGGCAUCGUAG